AUGCCUGGAUCUUGUUUCAAAGUUCUAGGUCGACUAAACCCGGCAAAAGGCUUACAUAUUGUUCAGCUCAAAGAAAUUGAACCGGAAAUUACCUUUGUUGCAUCACCUGGAUUAGAAUCAUCGGCGACCGGUCCCAAAGCACAAGUUGAAAGUAUGUUGUCACAAUAAAAGAAAAAGUCAAAUAUAAUUCGAAGCAUUUCAUUUAAUACAAGAUUUAGUCCAUAGUUCAUCUAGACUCUAGAAACAGUGCUAUUUAGGGAAGCAACGCUGACGAUUAAUCGUUCACAGUUUCACCUCUUGAAACCGGUGAAACGGUGGACCGAGCCCCGGUCAGGGCGGUGAAACGGUGAACGAUUAAUCGUCACCGUUGCAUCCCUAUUUUUUACUUACAAUCUCCUGAAUAUCAGUAAGCUACUUCGAGCACUGCUAAGUCUCACGUCAGCUUCCACUAGUUACUGUUUGGUCGAUCUAACCGAUUGACCGGCACAUCGAUGGACCGGGCCCCGGUCCACCGGUGCGCCGCUCCACCGUUUCACCGGUCUCAAGCGGUGAAACGGUGACGGUGGAACGGUUUUUGAUCGUCACCGUUGCAUCCCUAGUGCUAUUAGACAAGGAUAUAAGUAUCAACGAUAUGUUCGAACGUCCUUGCACAAUACGCAUAUAUCUUUCACUUAAAAGAAAGCAUUAUAUUUUUAAGAGUUCUCUAGAAGUUGUUUGAAGAAUUUAUUUUACAGUAUAUCCCAUAAUGAUUAUCUUCAAAUCACGCUAAAAUGAUAGACUUGCGGAUUUUUAUGCAUUGAUCAAUUCUUAUAAAAAAGCUGUUAGCGCAAUCCCUGUGGGAUUAAAAUGUGAAGCACUAUCUAUCUAUAGUUGCUAAUUCCCUAAAAAAUCUUCUUUUUAUGUAUAUCUGGAUAUAGUUCGGAUUGAAUCAAACGAAGUCUAUAAGACUGUGACGUUACUUGCAUCUAAGCACGAUUCACGAGUACUUUGCCUUAUUCACUUCCGAACUUUUUUGUGAAACACGAUCUAAAAGAGAGUGUUGAAGUAUAUAGGGGUAAAAAUUUGCGCCCACUACCCCCCCUCCCUCCCCCCCCCCCCCCCCCCCGCCGCCCGCACGUCCACGCGCCCGUCCCCCCCCCCCCCGGCCCCGCCCCACCUGCCCCCGCACGCC